UAUGACAGAUUUUGAGACGAUCUACAUACUUUUUGAGGAAAUUGGGAAUGAUUAUCCAGGUUUUGGUGAGAGUGGUAGAAUUGAUAUAGGAAAAACAAAUGAAAUGAGUGAUGUUGAUAUGGAGAGACUCCGCAAAGAUUUCAGGCUAAUAGUGCAGUACCACCAGAACCUUAAUCGGACCCUCAAGGACUGUGCAAUGAUCUCUGGAUAUGGGAUAUUGAUGACGAGUUUGCUAAUUGCUAUUGAUACUUGCUUCAAUAUCUAUUUGAUGUUGCAGGCAAAUAAUCCAAAGAUUGUCAUGAAUUAUGCUGCAUCAUGUUUCUGCAACAAUAUACUGAUGCUCCUCUGCUACUACAGUGGUCAACGCAUUUCUAACCAGAAUGAAAUACUGCGUAGAUUUCUUGCAAAUCUUCCCUGGAUGGAUAAGCCGCAAUGGUUCAAGCAGAGUAUGCUUAUAAUGAUGGCCAGAGCCACUGUCGACAUUGAAAUCAAUCCUUAUGGAGUUUUUGUACUCAACCUCACCUCCUACAAAGAUUUGAUGAAAGCUGCUUUCUCAUUUGGAAAUAUUUUGUACAGGAGGAAGAAAAUGGACUAAUCUUGACAAAAAU